AUGCCGCUCUUCCUCGAUUUACCACUUGAGCUUCUCCUCGAGAUAUGGGAUACCCUAGAUCCUACAAGCGACGAGGGAGCCAGGAAUGCGCUCGUCAGGACAUGCCAUUUUGUUUAUUCUAAUUUCAACUCUCUUCUCUACCGGGGCACCGUGAAAUCGACAGCGCCCGGGGUCCGCGCAUUAGAAUGGGCUGCGGAACGUGGUCAAAUGCGAACCAUCCACAAGCUGCUCAACGCCGGUGUCAGUCCUGCUGAUGAUACGAUGGCGCUUCUCGCGGCGGCAAAGGCCGGCCACCAAGACGUUAUACAGACUCUUCUCUGGCAUGACUUUGAUCCUAACGGGACGGGCUGGUGUGGCUUUUGCAGACCAAUACACCGUGCCGCUGCACAUGGCCAUGUGGAAAUUGUGAAGGAUCUUCUUGAUUCCGGGGCAGAUAUCGACUCACUAGAUCAUGAUAAUUAUACUGCCUUUGAAAAGGCAGUUCUUGAGGGUCGCGCGAAUGUGGUAUCUGUCUUUCUUGAGAGAGGUACCUCCAAAGAUACUAUUAUCCGUGGAAGAGGAUCUUCAUUAGCAUGGGCAGCACGAUCUGGGAAGGAAGAGGUCAUGAAAACCCUCCUGGAGGCUGGUGCGAAUAUUGAGGCCAUCACCGAUGAUGGAGCAACCGUCCUGCACUGGGCAGUAAAAGGGGAAUAUCCAAAGGCCGUGGCGCUUCUACUUGAAAAAGGCGCCGCACCUGACAUCCCAGAUCGGCGCGGUCAAACACCAUUGCACUGCGCAUGUCUCGCUCGAGGUCCUUCUGAACAUAGCAUCACAUUUCUUUUACAGCACAAUGUCGAGGUCGAUCGGCGACUGAGUGAUGGCAGAACGCCACUAGCUAUUGCUGCCUCUGUCGGCUUUGUGGCCGCUAUCAAACCUCUAUUGGAAAAAGGCGCCGAUCCAACUAUAAAAGAUGCCGAUGGCUGCACUGCACUCGCACUCGCGGCUCGAUUCGGUCACGCUGAUUCUGCCCUGGCGAUGCUGGACGGAGAUGCAGACACUCGCAAGCAGUUUAUCGACACACCGGAUGAAUGCGGUCGCACACCUCUCUUCUUAGCGACUCUAUACGGACACGAACAAAUCGUUCGAAUACUCCUCACCAAGGGCAGUCUAGCAAGAAAGAAAACAACUAGCGCCGGUCGGAGUCCAUUGUCGUUUGCCAACGACCACCAGGAAGGCAAAAAGAACCUUCGAUCUGUUUGGGAGUGGCUCGCCUGUCCAUACUAUGCCAACAUCGAUACCGUGGCUACAAAGAAGGCGUCCCACAAGGCACGCCGUUCAGCCGUAGACGCCAGAUGUGAUCAGUGCCAAUUUGCUCUUUCCGUUUACGAUACCCAUUUUCAUUGCGUAAUUUGUCACAACGAUAACUUUGAUAUUUGUAUGGAGUGCUUUGGAAGUGGUUAUACCUGUUUGGAUCCAUCACAUGUUUUGCAGAAAUUUGCUUGGGUGGAGGACAGUUGGGUGCCCGUCCCUGAUGAACCCGUUCAUCAAAACACCCUGACUGUAACUCUGAGAUAG